AUGCUUAUGGAUAUCCUCGACAGUACCGACUCGUUGUACCCUUACACCCACACUUCCAUCGAUGGAACCAUCAACCAUGAUCCGGGCGACCUGGAAGGCGCCUUUCACGCCCUGUCCGAUUCAGUACCUCACUACAACCUGUGCAGCGGUGGCGCCAAUACCUCGGGCCUGAUCACACCCACAUUGACCAACCGCAGUACCUGGCUGGACGCACCGGAUGAGACCAGAACAGGAGCGGCGACCCCGACGGCCCUUGCUCUGGCAGACCUGCAACAGUCCUCGCUGGAAGGAUUCCAACCGCGCACGACCGCCCUCCAACGCCCCGCCGAAGCCGACCCGCCACGAGCUGGUGCCGGCGAUUCACACCGACGCUGGCUGCUGAAGAUUAUUGACAUCAAUGUCCAGCUCUUCAAUCACCUGCAAGCCUCAACUGGCCCGUCUGGCCCUCUCCGGAAUCGAGACCAGCUGAGGGAUCGUUCUGGCCCAAGAAGCAGCAGGAGUAGCACCCUCGAUGACGCCAUCGGUCUAUCAAUGCGACUGUUUGAACUUCUCCGUGAGCUGAGCGACUUAUACGGUGAAGAGACAGACGGCCAAAGCACUCCCUAUGACGAGGAGAUGGCCAGACGAGGAGGCGGAGGAGCAGAAGGUCCAACCUGCCCUCUCGAUCCGGGAUCGGUGCUCAUGAUCCUCUCGUCCUACAUGCGCGUCCUUGAGGCCUUGUCCGACCUGCUACAAGCGGUGAACCAGUCCACAGCAGACGGCGCCUCGGCCCAUGCGCGACUCGACCUCCCCAUGAUUACCUUGGGAGCCACGACGCUGAAUCAGCACCCGCGUCUCUGCCUGGUCGUUUUCCUAGAGACAGUGGAAUACAUGCUUGGGAGUAUGAGUGAGCACCUGGGCUGUAUUGUGCGCUCGACCGGGAGGUCCCUACGUGCUGGCAGCGGCGGGAUUGUCUCCUGGCGGCUGGGAGGGUCGCUAGAGAGCUCGCUGCGCGACUUUCGGAACCGUUUUUAUUCCUUUCUACGGUCAAUUCGCCCAGGUUUUCGGACGCAAGUGGCCCACCAUGGUGGCCUGUCCAUCUUUACCCUGGGCAGUGGCAUCAGCGGCGGUGCCAAUUCCACCGCGAUGCUCAUUGCAGGACGACUCGUGCAGGGCCUCGGGGGUGCGGGCAUCGGGUCCAUGACAAACCUGAUCAUCAGCGAUCUCGUCUCUGUCCGCGAGCGGGGCAAGUAUCAGGGCAUUAUCUUCGGCACGUUUGGGAUUGGUAUCUCCAUUGGCCCAGUGAUCGGGGGGGCCAUUGCGCAAAGCGGACACUGGCGAUGGGUGUUCUGGCUGAACCUGCCUCUGGGAGGUGUGACACUGCUACUGCAGUUGAUCUUUCUGCAAAUCACUUACCGGAAGAUCUUUACCUUCAAGCAGAAGAUCAAGCAGAUCGACUGGAUCGGGAAUCUGCUGCUAAUCGGGUCGAUGGUUGCCAUCCUCAUCGCCCUUUCCUGGGCAGACACCAGGUACGCAUGGUCGAGCUGGCACAUUCUCGUCCCCUUGCUUGUUGGCUUUGGCGGGAUGUUUGCCUUUCAUGCCUUUGAGGCAACCAAAUGGUGCAAGGUGCCGACGAUCCCCGGCCGCCUGUUCACCAACCGCACCAGCGCCGUCUGUCUCAUCAACACCUUCCUCUCCUCCAUGCUCACCUUCUGGCGCGUCUACUUCCUCCCCCUCUACUUCCAGGGCGUUCUGCUCGCCUCCCCACAACGGUCCGGCGUACUCCUGCCCAGCGUCCUCACCGCAGCGCCGGCAGCCAUCCUAUCCGGCUUCGCCCUCUCCCGCUGGGGCCGAUACAAACCCAUCCAUCUGAGCGGGUACGCGCUCAUGACCCUCGCCACAGGCCUGUACAUCGACCUCGACGCCCACUCCAGCAUGGCCAAGAUCGUCAUCUACCAGAUCAUCGCCGGCGUCGGCGGCGGCAUCCUCCUAACCACCUUCCUGCCCGCGGUGCAGGGCGCGCUCCCGCAGUCGGACGUCGCGCCCGCCAGCACCACAUGGGCCUACCUGCGCGCGUUCGGGAGUAUCUGGGGCAUCGCAAUUCCCGCGGCGAUCUUCAACAGCCGCUUUGCGUACCAUGCGCGUGCUGUCAGCGAUGAGGGGAUCCGGCGCGCCCUGUCGGGCGGGAAUGCCUACGCGCAUGUCUCGAACCGGUAUAUUUCGGGACUCCCCCAGGAGACUCGCGAUGAGGUUGUCGGUGCGUAUCUGGCGGCCUUGAAGAACGUGUGGCAGGUUUGUAUCGGGUUUUGCGGGCUGGCGUUUCUGCUUACCUUGUUGGAGAAGGAGAUCCCGAUGCGCACGACGGUGCAGUCGGACUAUGGAUUGAAGGAGAAGAAGGGGAGGGGUGGGCCGGGGAUUGCAGAGGGUAAAUCUGAGAACCAGAUUCCUGUUGUAUCCGGGGGAAAUAAAUGA